UUGUCUUGGUAUCGCCGGCAAACAUAACCUUGACAGGCACACAGAUGCUAAAGACCGAAAUGUUUUAGUGUUGAUGUAUCGCUGUUGCAAACAGGACGGACUCAAGCAACGAUGCGUUCCUACAAGUGGAUCCUAGCAACGGUGGCAGUUGCACUGACCGUAACCGCGAUCCUGGCAGCGCCCGUUGGAGAAGAGGAACCCGACAUACUAUACUACGACAACGUGCGUGAUGAUCAAGGAUACUUUUAUUCCUACAAAACGAAGGAUGGCCAGAGUCGCCGGGAGCAGGGAUACAUUGAUCCCGAGUCGGGCAUUUUGCGUGUGACAGGGUCGUAUAAGUACAUCGGUACCGACGGUGAAACGUACGAGGUGUACUAUGAGGCGGACGAGAACGGGUAUCGCAUCGUUGGUAAGCCACCGCUGCCAGGCGCUCCCGGCAUCUCCAACACUGUGUUACUUUCGCUCGUCGGUUGAGGUGGGAAGCUGAUAACCGCUGAAAAUUAUUAUGAAUGUGCUUUAUGGAGAAAUAAAUUAGGAAUAUUGAGUGUA